AGUGCGGAGUGGGACGGAGGCUGCCACGGCUGGGAUUAACCUCAGGGAGGGGGUGGGGGGGUUACAUCUCUGGGGAGAAGCUUCUUUUCUCCUUCCUCAUCAGGGAGACACAGAGAAAAGAGAAAGAACUAGUGUGCGCUUCUUCUCACAAAGAGGAGAGCUCCUUUCGUCCUUUAUUCCAGCGUUUUUUUCCCUGAACGGGCAACAACAGGGGAGUUCUGCCGGGGAGACCAUCGCAACCGGGUCGGUGGCUUCAGUAAGGCUGGCACUUUCGCCACCGCUGACGCUGACAGGAGUUUGGGGGCUUCAGGCUGACGUCUUGGUGCUUUGAUGAGGUAACGGCAGACCCCAGAAGCCCAGCCCCUGCGUUGCACCACCCCUUCCCUCUCCCCUCAUCCCUACCCCUUUCCAACCAGUCAAGCCAUGGGCCAGAAGAUCUCGGGGAGCAUCAAGUCCGUAGACGUGCGCGGGGAACCAUCCUACAGGCCCCUGAGGAGGGAACUGAGAGGGCCGGAUUUCUUCAAGCCAGCCCGGCUGGACCUACUCCUGGACAUGCCCCCCGCUCCGUAUGAGCAGCAGCUCCGACAUGCCUGGAACCCAGACGACCGCUCGCUUAAUAUCUUCAUCAAGGACGAUGACAAACUCACCUUCCAUCGACACCCUGUUGCCCAGAGUACAGAUGGCAUUCGCGGAAGGGUGGGAUACACGCGAGGACUCCACGUUUGGAGGAUCCAUUGGCCUACUAGGCAACGGGGCACACAUGCGGUGGUGGGAGUGGCCACAGCAGAUGCCCUGUUGCACUCGGUGGGCUACACUUCUUUAGUUGGCAGUGAUAGCGAGUCCUGGGGCUGGGACCUGGGACGUAACAAGCUCUACCAUAACAGUAAGAACCGGCCAGCCUCUUCUGCACCCACAUACCCAAGCUUCCUGGAGCCAGAGGAGGCCUUUGUGCUGCCAGAUGCCUUAAUGGUGGUGCUGGACAUGGAUGAGGGCACAUUGAGCUUCAUGGUGGAUGGACAGUACCUCGGAGUGGCCUUCAGAGGCCUUAAGGGCAAAAAGCUGUACCCCAUUGUCAGUGCGGUGUGGGGCCACUGUGAAAUCACCAUGCGUUACAUCAAUGGCCUAGAUCCGGAGCCUCUCCCUCUGAUGGACCUGUGUCGACGUGCAGCGCGGCUGGCUCUGGGACGAGAGCGUCUACAGGAGAUCGAAACAUUGCCUUUGCCCCAGUCUCUGAAGAAUUACCUCCAGUACCAGUGAGAGCGUGGGCCCUCACGUAGAGACGCACACAAGGACACAGAGAGAAAGCCUGAGGCGCUACUAUAGCGCCACCAUCAGGCCGCAGAGGGAAAAUGUUUACAUUGUGGCUCACUGGUGGAACCUUAAGUUAGUUUUUUUUUGUUUGUUUGUUUUUCCAUUUUUAUUUCCCUCUUUAUGAGUUGUUUAAAUUAUUGAUGGCUUUGGAAGAAGCUCGGGGGACAGUGUGACGCAGGGCUAGAGCGGCGGCAGCUCAACAGACCUGCAGCGCCUCCAGGUGUACGUCUCGCCCUGGAGAAUUCGACAGGAAGCACAUUAACCUUGGGAUGCCUUUGAAAGCCCACAGUAAUAAUCGUUCCUCUUUCCCUGGAUGUGAAGCCUGCAGAGCACAGUCAUUGGACACAGGAAACUGAGGCGGCCGCAGGUCGGGUUUAGCCACCUCCCGAGUCAAAAUCCACCACACGGGAGCCUCAGAGGAAGAGACAAGCCCUGGAAGGUACAGUACCUUCCCACAGUAGCCCCUCACUGCAGAACAAAGAUCCAGGGGACAGGGUUGAAUCCACAUCUAAGGGGUGGAGAUGAUAGGUUUAGGGGUGGAGAUGGGUAGGUUUAGGUAUAUGUAAGGUGGGAGGAGUUGGAUCUGGAUCCAACCUCGCCCCCUGGAUCUUGUGUUCUGCAGUGAAGACCAUCUCCCUUCGCACAGGACCACCAGGGGACAGUU